CGAUUAUGGCGAUGAAAAGGAGAAUCAUCGACAAAAUCCUCGAGAAUCGCGUCACUCUCAUCGUCGGCUAGCCUGGAUGCGGGAAGAGUUCACAAGUUCCACAAUUCCUUCUGGAAGCAAACAUGGCUCCCAUUUUGUGUACACAGCCUAGGAGAUUUGCGGUUGUAGCUGUUGCUAAGAUGGUUGCUAAAUCUCGCAACUCUGAUUUAGGCGGAGAAAUAGGUUACCACAUUGGACAUUCUAAGAUUUUGACUGAAGGGUCGAAAAUUCUGUUUAAAACUGCUGGAGUUCUGUUGGAUGAAAUGCUAGACAAGGGGUUGAAUGCACUUAAGUAUAAGGUUAUCAUUCUUGAUGAAGUGCAUGAAAGAUCUGUGGAGUCCGAUCUUGUUCUUGUCUGUGUUAAGCAGUUUCUCAUGAAGAACAAUGACCUCAGGGUGGUCUUGAUGUCUGCAACUGCUGAUAUUACAAGGUACAGAGACUACUUUAAAGAACUAGGCAGGGGUGAACGCGUAGAAGUAGUUGCUAUUCCUAGCCCUGACCAGAGAACAAUUUUCCAGAGAAGAGUAAUAUAUCUUGAGCAGGUUGCAGGAUUGCUUGGUAUGAGUUCUGAUUUGUCAGCUUACUGUCCUGGUCCAAGUCCUUCUUCAGCUGAUGCUGAAAUCAAACCUGAACUGCAAAAUCUUAUUCAUGAUCUCAUCUUAUAUAUUCAUGAAAAGGAACCAGACAUUGAGAAGAGUAUUUUGGUUUUCCUUCCAACAUACUACUCACUUGAGCAGCAGUGGCAUCAAUUGGAACCCUUUCGUGCAUCUUUUGAGGUUCACAUAUUGCACCGAAGCAUUGACACUGAGCAAGCCUUGGCAGCUAUGAAGAUAUGCAGAUCCCGCCGCAAGGUAAUAUUGGCUACAAACAUUGCGGAAUCUUCUGUAACAAUACCCAAAGUAGCCUAUGUCAUUGACUCGUGCCGGUCUCUGCAAGUGUUCUGGGAUGCAUCCAGAAAAAGAGACGCAGUUCAGCUUGUUUGGGUCUCUAGAUCUCAGGCUGAGCAACGUAGAGGGAGGACAGGUCGAACAUGUGAUGGUGAGGUGUAUCGCCUGGUGCCGAGUGCAUUUUUUAACAAGCUUGAAGAACAUGAGCCCCCAGCUAUACUUAAGCUGUCAUUGAGACAACAAGUUCUCCAUAUUUGCUGCACGGAAUCCAGAGCCAUUAAUGACGCAAAUGUGUUGCUGGCAAAAGCUAUGGAUCCACCAGACCCAUAUGUCAUUGAUGAUGCAUUAAAGAUGCUAUUAAGCAUACGAGCAUUGCGGAAAUCGCCCAGGGGACGUUACGAGCCCACAUUUUAUGGACGGUUACUUGCUAGCUUCCCAUUGUCCUUUGAUGCAUCUAUUCUGGUCGUCAAGUUUGGUGAGAUGGGAAUGCUAAGAGAAGGGAUUCUAUUAGGUGUCCUGAUGGAUACCCAACCACUUCCUAUCCAUCAUCCUUUUGGAGAUGAUUCACUGUUUCUAGAGUAUGUUGACCACUAUUUUGGUGGCAGCAAGACCAUUUGUAGUGGGCGGAGAGAGAUGGUACUCAUGGCAAACUUUUGUGCUUUUCAGUUUUGGCAACGUGUCUUUAAGGAUAAGCAUCGUCUUGAAAACUUGAAACAACUUCUGGCAAAAGAGAAAGACAAAGAUCUCAAGUUGAUGUUUCCUGAGAUUGAAAAAGAGUGGUGUGAUUUCCACAAUAUUCUUCAGUCGUCGUUCUAUCAUGUGUCUGAGAUGUAUGAAGAUACACUUAGCUCAUUUCAUCGUUUCAGACCACAAUUCAUCAGUUCUUCUGAUUCUCUACCAACCUAUUACAAUCCAUAUGAAUUUGAUCACACAUGCUAUAUUGAGUGCCAACCCUCUGAGGAUAAAUAUCUACACUCUGAGGACGAAGAUAACAAUCAACCACCUCCUGAAGUAAGAAAAUGUGUAUCAAUGCCGUUUGUUCCUCCUAACGCAUUCCAAGCUUAUGCUGUUGCAGAAAACAUGGCCAGUAUUAUCAAAGAGAUAAGAACUCAAUGCACACCAUCUGAAUCUGAUAAUGGCCACGGAGCAAUCGAACCUGAGGAUUACGUUGAGGAUGGAGAGGCCCCGGUCUGUGUAUAUUUUCUUAAUGGAUUUUGUAACCGUGGUGACCAGUGCACGUUCUCUCAUACUCUUCAGUCAACAAGACCAGCCUGCAAAUUUUUCGCGUCAUUGCAGGGAUGCCGAAAUGGAGAAUUGUGUUUGUUUUCCCACGUCAUGCGAAGACGGACAACAUCAUAUCGUCCACCUCCCCAAUGCCUUCCAGAAGAAGAUGGCUCUUCCACAUCUCCCCUUCUGGAUUUGUUUCCUACUUCUUCAGAGGGAUGUAUCCUUGUGUUUGAUGACUCUGCCAUGCAUUUCACCUCAAGUAUAGCCAAUGGUUAUCCGUCCUGGAGAAUACUCGCCACAUCAUCAUCUUCAGAUACGCUUCUCUGUGAUUCAUCACUUGCAAACACAAGAAUCUUCUGGGGUCUCAAUCAUCCCUACCAGACAAUCAUCUCAAAAGCAGGAGGGGAGAACCCAAUCCCCUGGAACGAAGUGAAAUGUGUGUUGUGGUUCCUUAACCCAGACAGCUAUGCUGAUACUCCUGAGGGACAGAAAACUAUUCUGCAGAAUUUCUUCGAGUACAUGGCAAUCAGAUUACUCGGUGAUAAUCUUUACGAAAUCCGAGUAAUUCUCACAAUGAACAACGUCAGAUUCUCACUCUUACAGGUUGAGAAGCUAGCCAGAGACAGCUUCUUCUUCCUUGGAGAGUCUUUCCCACACAAUUCAGUAAGCUUUGGUGAAUUUCAAGACACAUUAACAAUCCAGAAGCCUAUGCUAGUCUCCAGACCAAUCUCCUAUGUCUUUAAUCUCCAUUCGCCUUCUGACAUCCAGUUCGAUCCAAUAUCGAAGAACAUGACUUCUUCUUCUUCUUCUAUCACGUUUUCUAUUCUGCUUCUAUCUCUUCUUCUGGCACUAAACCCAAAUCCGUCGUUAGCCUCCACCAGUAGCAACAACAACGCAAACGACAUCGUAACGCAGUACAGCACAUACGUUAGAAACGCGUGCAACGUAACGCGAUACCAACGCCUCUGCGUCAGAACGCUAUGGCCGUUUGCAAUCGUCGCUGGAAACAACACCAGCAAGUGGGCUCGAGCUAGCGUCGCGGUGACCAUAACCGACACCAAACGGAUGCUGAGACUCUUGCUCAAAACGCAGCGUUCAGCGGUUGGGGAACGCGAGCGAAUCGCCAUGUCGGAUUGCCGAGAGCUGUUCGUCGACUCCCUCGACAACCUGUACAAGUCACUCGCCGUUCUACGGACACUGAACGCGGAUGAGUUCCAGCGGCAGAUAAGCGAUCUCGCCACGUGGCUAAGCGCAGCACUCACAGAUGAGGACACGUGUCUAGAUGGAUUUGAAGAGACGUCGAGUAGAUCACGGACGGUCAGGAUGGUUCGGAGGAAGGCUACCAAGUGUAUGCGAUUAUGCAGCAAUGCUCUGGCUCUCCUCAACAAGCUUGCUUUUGAUGGCUUGUAAUCUACGCUAUGAUAUUCAUUACCAUACAAAUCAUACAUUAUAAAAACAUAGAAAAACACUUUAUUUUACUCUGAACUAUUAUUGUUAUAGAUUAUAGUAUUAAUUAUAAACAAUAUGAUUGUUG